UUUUUUUUUUUAGGAAUUUGUUAUUGUUGUUUGUUUUGAUGGGGGCAGGGGAGGAGCAAUGGUGCUGUAUAAUUUUGAAAAAAAUUUGUUACUUUGAUGGGUGAUUAGUGGUAUUGGUCAUUUUGGGUGAUGGCUUUUGAUUGAUUUAAUGCAUUUGACUCACUCAGAGAAUCGGAUGAGCAAUACCCGUUUUGGCGGAAGGGAACUUGUUAAAGAAUCUGGAAAGAAUUUAGGAAUUAUAGGCAGCACUGCACAAGUAGUACUAGUUAAAGGAGAUAGGGCCUUUGUUUUCAUAAGGAAAUUAAAAAAUGUACUCUUUUUUUUUUAAUGAAAAUUGGGAGCCCUUUCUCAUAAGUUCUUGUAGAAUUAAGUUUCUGUAUUGUUCCAUUGGCAUAGUUGUACUUCUCUGAGGAGAACUGAACUUUCUUUCUAAAAUCCUGGUGCUCCUCCAAUUCCUUCUUGUUUGUGGCUGCAACAACCCUGAAUGCAUGAUUUCAUAGAUAGCUUUCCAAGAUGAAUAAUAAAGUUUUAUGUUUGGUUGGGUCAAAGUGUAACUUAAGAUUGUUAAUUUGUUGAUUUUGUGCUUUGUUAACAAAUCGUAACUAGAUCUUCAGAGUUUCCGGUUUAAUCAAGUCCAGAUUUUGAUGUUUUCUUUUCUAAAUAAUUGCACUUAUUUGCUUAACGCUGAUGUGAGGGAAGUGGCUAUUAGAUGUCUGACCAUGUGGAUCAUCUUCAUGAUUUCCUUGAUGCAGUUCAUAGAAGUUGCUCUUUCUUAAAUGGAUGGAUUUGCAGCUUAAUUUCAAGAUGCCCAAUCCUGGUUGGGUUUCCUUUUAGGAAUCUGCUUUCUGCUUCAGCUGAGGAGAAAAAAAGUAACUUUUCAACUCUAAUGGCUGAGAUGAAUCCAAUAGACAUUAGUUCUUCUGAUAGUGAGUUGGAGAUAGAAGAUGAUGGAGACAGAACUUUACGGGUUCUUCCAGAACAGGCAUAUACACAUGGUUAUGUUAGACAGUUUCAGAAGAUGCAUUCUCCCAAUCGAGCGCAAUUUUCUAAUUUAAACUCUUCGAAUCUAAAUAAUCAUUCAUGGACAAAAGUUCUGAUGCAUGACCCCAAUGAUGGUGUUAAAGCCUCAACUCAACUGAUUGCCCUAGAUGAUGGUCCUGAAUAUUUUACCGGGAAUGGGAAUAUCGAUCAGCCUCAGACUGUUAAUUCUCGAAUUGCUAAUGGCUCUGGUACUGAUUUUGAGAAACUGACAUCUCAGCAGGCUCUAAAGAGGACUCUUCCUGUCUCUCUUCAACUGUAUGGACCAAGUAGCAAAUCUGACAAGUUAGUUGAGAAUGUGAGUGGCAGUCAGAUUCGUGAUGCUCACAGAAGCUCUAACCAUUUGGCUGGCCCUAGUUUUUCCAAUAGCCAGGGCUAUAUGAGAGAUCAUUAUAGCAGGGGCAACAAUGAUGAAGUUAUGAUGUAUGGAAACACUAGUAGGAUCCUUCCUCCAUCUUUGUUGCAUGGAAAGUCUGUUAAUUAUACACAGUUUGCUGGUCCGGAUGAUCCUGUAUACCGUGCUGGAGUAAGUGAAGAAAGAGUUCCUGUAAAUGAUGAGAGAAUGAUUUAUCAAGCUGCACUGGAGGACCUCAACCAACCAAAAAUUGAAGCUACUCUUCCUGAUGGUCUUUUGUCUGUUCCUCUUCUUAGACAUCAGAAAAUUGCAUUACAUUGGAUGCUUCAUAGGGAAACAAGAAGUGGGUAUUGUUUGGGUGGAAUUUUAGCUGAUGAUCAGGGCCUUGGUAAAACAAUCUCAAUGAUUGCUCUUAUACAAAUGCAGAAGAUUUUAGAGUCCAAAUCAAAAUCAGAAGAUCUAUCUAAUCACAAAACUGUAGCACUGAAUUUGGAUGACGAUGACGAUAAUGGUAAUGGUGGGUCAGACAAAGUAAAGCAGAGUGGAGAAUCUGAUGAUCCCAAGUCAAUUCCAGAAGUGAGUACUUCUACCAGGGCAUUCAGCAGACAGAGGCUACCGGCAGGAACAUUGGUUGUGUGUCCAGCGAGUGUUCUUCGACAAUGGGCCAGGGAGCUGGAUGAUAAAGUUGCAGAGGAAUCUAAACUUUCUGUCCUCACAUAUCAUGGGGGUAGCAGAACCAAGGAUCCCUCUGAACUUGCCAAGUAUGAUGUGGUUCUUACAACAUAUUCAAUUGUAACCAAUGAAGUUCCUAAACAACCUAUUGUGGAUGAUGAUGAGAGUGAUGAAAAAAAUGGGGAAAAGUAUGGAUUAUCAUCUGAAUUUUCAAUUAACAAGAAGAGGAAGAAAACAUCAAAUAUUGGUAAGAAGGGGAAAAAGGGUAGGAAAGGAAUUGAUGACUCUGCUAUUGAUUCUAGUGCUGGUGCACUAGCCAGAUUAGCUUGGUUUAGGGUGAUACUGGAUGAAGCUCAAACAAUAAAGAAUCAUCGAACACAAGUUGCUAGAGCCUGCUGCAGUCUUCGAGCCAAGCGGAGGUGGUGCUUGUCUGGAACACCUAUACAAAAUACUAUUGAUGAUUUAUAUAGCUACUUCAGAUUCUUGAAACAUGAACCAUAUUUUCUAUAUAAAGCAUUUUGCAAUGGGAUAAAACUUCCAAUAUCUAGAGAUUCUGUAAAAGGUUACAAGAAGCUGCAAGCUGUUUUGAAAACUGUAAUGCUGCGUCGCACAAAAGCAACAUUGAUCGAUGGGGAGCCCAUAAUUAAGUUGCCGCCAAAGUUAAUUGACAUGUCUAAGGUGGAGUUCUCAGCUGAGGAGCGGGCUUUCUAUACCCAGCUAGAAGCUGAUUCACGUUCUCAAUUUAAGGCAUAUGCAGCUGCUGGCACAGUGAACCAAAAUUAUGCAAAUAUUCUUUUGAUGCUUUUGCGCCUACGUCAGGCUUGUGAUCAUCCACUUCUUGUCAAAGGAUUUAACUCUGACUCCAUUCGAAACUCUGACUCUGUUGGACGAGAUUCUGUAGAAAUGGCAAAGACACUUCCUAGAGAAAUGCUGAUUAAUCUACUGAACUGCUUGGAAACUUCCUUUGCCAUCUGCCUCGUAUGCAAUGAUCCACCUGAUGACCCCGUUGUUACCAUGUGUGGUCAUGUUUUCUGCUAUCAGUGUGUGUCAGAAUAUUUGACGGGCGAUGAUAAUAUGUGCCCUGCACCUGCUUGUAAAGAACAACUUGGUGCUGAUAUAGUUUUCUCUAAAGCUACUCUUAGGAGCUGUCUUGCAGAUGGUCUUAAUGGUAGUCCCAUGCAUCCUCAAUUCUUUGAAAAGUCGGUGAUUUUACAGGAUGAGUACAGUUCAUCAAAAAUCAAGGCUGUCAUAGAUAUUCUUCAGUCAAAAUGUUUACUAAAGAAUUCAAGUCCUGAAUUACAGAGUUCUAUUGGAUGCAAUGAAACUUCUUUGUCUUCUGAGCAGACAUUUACAGAAACUGGCCAUUCAGGCAUUAGUGUUGUAAAGCGCACAACAGUUUAUUCAAACUCACUAGCCGACGAACCAAUAAAAACAAUUGUUUUCUCACAGUGGACUAGCAUGUUGGACUUGGUUGAGCACUCUCUACGUAAUAAUAAUAUAAACUAUAGGAGGCUUGAUGGGACAAUGUCUUUAGCUGCACGAGACAGGAAUGUCAAAGAUUUCAAUACUGACCCAGAGGUUACUGUGAUGCUGAUGUCAUUGAAAGCUGGAAAUCUUGGUCUGAAUAUGGUUGCUGCGUGUCAUGUUAUCCUUCUGGACCUUUGGUGGAAUCCAACUACUGAAGACCAGGCUAUUGAUCGAGCACACAGAAUUGGACAGACUCGUCCUGUUACUGUAACUCGGAUCACCGUUAAAGACACAGUGGAAGAUAGAAUGUUAUCUCUUCAGGAUGAAAAGAGAAAAAUGGUUGCUUCUGCCUUUGGUGAAGAUCAAAGUGGUGGCUCAGCAACUCGAUUAACAGUGGAAGAUCUCAGAUAUCUAUUUAUGGGAGAUUAGCCAUCUCAUUUUGUUACAUUCUUCUGGCCUUAUAUGUUUCUACUUGAAGUUUCCUUCAAGAAAGUUUGAGAUAUGAAAAUUUUUUAUCAGAAAUGGGAAUUGCACACAUCUAGUGCCCUCCUACUAAAUGAUGUCACUCAUGUUUUGUAAAUUAAGAUGGUGACUUAUGUGGGAUUUUUGAAGACCAGAAGCAUUUUUUUGUUCCCAUCAGGUGCAGAAAUAGGAAGGCAAGGCUGCCUGUAAAUAUUCUAAUUAUUUUGUAUUGUAUAUCAAACUUUUAAUUUUUGUUGUUAGUUUCUUUUCUUCAUAAUGUGCUACAUAAUGUUAUUCCAAAUUACUGUGUUUCUCUCUAAGCUUUCCUUGUUUCACCUUAGAAGCCCCUCUCCUCAUUACUGAAGAAAGGGUAGUCUGGACCUGAUUUCGUCGGAUGUAUUCAUUGCAUCAGGGCUUGGGUGGAAGGUCAACGAUGGAAAAGCAAAGAAGCUUCAGCUUGGACUCAUUCAAGGUACAUUUUCCACUAACAGCUUUUUAAGUUUGGUGAUUAGGGGAUAUGCCGAUAGUUUGUAGGCAGGAUGCCCAUAGUUUGCAGGGAGGGUGUGGAAGAGAGACCCCUUUUGUGCGGAUGACUAUGAACCAACUUCACUUUGGUUGGCUUUCAGCCCAAAAAGAAAAGAGUUGAGAAUUGAGAGGUAUUGAACCUGCAGCAAAUUCUAGUUCCCCUAGCUGUACAUUCGUUUUCCUUUUCCUGCUUUUAAUGAGAAAAGCUAUUCCAUCCACUGAGCUAUCAUUUUCCACCCCUUUUCUUUUAUGUUGUUUUUCUUUUUGUUGUCAUCCAGAUUUAUUUCUCAUAUAUUUGGAUUUUAACCCGGUAAGGGAGAAGAUAAAAGUAUUUGCAGAGGUCCUUCCAAAGGGAGUGAAUCCAUGGACCACCAAAACUUAGCAUGCAU